AGAAAGCUCAAAGGGACAGUCGGCAGAGGAAGGGAGACCAGAGGGCGGCUUGCAAGGAUUUUGUCUUGGGUUAUAACCGUUGACAAGCCACUUCACUGCCCACAUAUUUAAGUUUAUCUGAGUAUGAGAUGGAGGCAACAAUAUUUACACAUCUCACUGGGGACUUAGGAAAACAAUAUUUCUGACAGACCACUUGGGAUCCAUGGAUGGAAGGUGGUAUUGUUUGGGGCAGGCGGGAUACCUACCGCGUGCGCCACAGAGCUUUGGACCACUAAAGGUCUUACCCUGCCCUGGGAUCCCUGAGGCCCCUUGUAAAGUCCAGCGUUCUGGUUCAUUACCUAAAGGACCCCCUUUCUUCUAACCUUUCAUUUCAACAAUCCAAACCCCUGCCUGCCUUGGGCAGAUUCUUAAAAUAUUUGCCCAUCAGCACCCUCUCAGAGAGGAAUGUCAAAUGCUGCCCUGAUGUCAAAAGGGCCCCAAGGAGAAGCGUCUUGCCAGACCCAGCCUGUCACUCAUGGCCACGGCAGAGCGGGAGAUAAGCAAAGGCGAAGGCUCAGAGAGAGACUGGUUCCCUGGGCUCCCUGAACCACCCAGAGGAUCUGUGCGGGUUGGCGCUGCAGGGCGAGACGGUUAGCUGUCAAGAACAAUGAACUGCCAGGUACCACUGCCCAAGUAAAAGCCAGGAGUCUGAGGCUCUUCUGAUUCCUCGCCCUUGUCAACCCUGCAUCAGGAUGUCCGGAGCCUCCAAGGAGGGCCUGGAGACCCGAGGGCUGCCGGUGUCAGGCAAGGCCUGCUUAACCACCAUGGACAAAAAGCUUAAUGUGCUAAAUGAGAAGGUGGACAAACUCUUGCAUUUCCAAGAAGAUGUCACGGAGAAACUGCAGUGUGUGUACCAGGGAAUGGGCCACCUGGAGCAAGGCCUACACCGGCUGGAGACCUCUCAGAUUCUGGGCCCGGGGGGGGCUGACCAUACUCCUCCCGUUGACUCACAGGCUGGGUGGCCGGAGGUCCUGGAGCUGGUGAGGGCUGUGCGGCAGGAGGCUGCCCAGCAUGGUGCCAGGCUUGAAGCCCUGUUCAGGAUGGUAGUGGCUGUGGACAAGGCCAUAGCUUUGGUGGGGGCCGUGUUCCAGAACUCGAAGGUGGUGGAUUUCAUCAUGCAAGGGAGUGUCCCCUGGAGGAAAGGAAGCCUGGCUGAUGGCCCUUUGGAGAACAAAGAUCGAGUGGAAGAGAAAGGAGCAAAGCCAAAGCGUGCGCUGAGCACCAGAGCUGUGCAAGCUGAGAUCAGAGGGCCUUGGGAAGAGAGCCAGAAGACAAACCUGCCAGAGGGGACAGAGGAGAGGCUGACCCCCGUCAAUGCUUCCGAGAUAGGAUCUGACCUCCUGACCCAAGCAGAGGCCCAACCAGAGCAGGAAGGAAUUGUUCCUGGCCCAGCCCAAGUGCCCCCUGGCCUCCUGCCGCUGCACACAGAGGCGGAAGCCAAAGCUCCUGGAGCAUUCGCUGAGAACCCUGGGACUGGCCUGGAAUUGUCUGCAGCAUCCAACAGGGUCCGUGAGGCCCCCACCAGCCAGGAAGCUUUGCCCAGUACAGACCAAGGAUCAUCAUUCAGCAGGCCUGACCCGCAGCCCUCAGAGCCAGGCAUGAGGCUCACUCCAGGGCUGCCAGCCCAAGCCAAGGCAGCUCAAGGUGGUGGAGAAACACCUGCCAGGAUCUCCAUCCAUGUACAGGAGACAGAUAACCCUGGGGAGAUGCUUGUGACACGAGGGGACAGCCUCAGACCCAUGCCCCCUGUGGAGGCUCCCACAGCUGCCCAUCCAGGUGAGCAGGACCCAUCUGGGCCCACGCCCCAGACCCCUGCAACCAAGUCAGAAGAACAGAUCUCAAAAGGAGCCAGCAAGAUUUCCCCACUGCGGAAACGGAGCAGCCAUGAGGGAGUAAAGCCAGAGGAGAAGCAGGGGCCUGGGGCUGAGUCCACCACGGGACCAAGCGGGGCCAUGAGGGACAAAGGAAGUGAUGCUGGAGCCACAGGCUGGCAGCAGGACAAAGGCAUGGGAGCAGGAAAUCCUGAGCCUGGGAAGGACUGCACAGCCGGGGGUGCAGGCAGAGCUGAAGCAGGAAGGAGCACGCCCCUUGGAGCUGAAGCUGGGAGUGUGGUUCUGGAUGACAGCCCAGCCCCACCAGCCCCCUUUGAACACCGGGUGGUGAGUGUCAAGGAGACCUCGACCUCGGCAGGUUACACAGUGUGUCAGCAUGAUGUCUUGGGAGGGGGCCGGUUUGGCCAGGUCCACAGGUGCACAGAGAAGUCCACAGGGCUCUCGCUGGCAGCCAAGAUCAUCAAAGUGAAGAGUGCCAAGGACCGGGAGGAUGUGAAGAAUGAGGUCAACAUCAUGAACCAGCUCAGCCAUGUGAACUUGAUCCAGCUCUAUGAUGCCUUUGAGAGCAAGAACAGCUGUACACUUGUCAUGGAGUAUGUGGAUGGGGGUGAACUCUUUGACCGGAUCACAGAGGAGAAGUACCAGCUGACCGAACUGGAUGUGAUCUUGUUCACCAAGCAGAUCUGCGAGGGGGUGCAUUACCUCCAUCAACACUACAUCCUGCACCUGGACCUCAAGCCGGAGAACAUACUGUGUGUCAGUCAGACCGGACAUCAAAUUAAGAUCAUUGACUUUGGGCUGGCCAGAAGGUACAAGCCUCGGGAGAAGCUGAAGGUGAACUUCGGCACUCCAGAGUUCCUGGCCCCGGAAGUCGUCAACUAUGAAUUUGUGUCCUUCCCUACGGACAUGUGGAGUGUGGGAGUCAUUACCUACAUGUUACUCAGUGGUUUAUCCCCAUUUCUAGGGGAAACAGAUGCAGAGACCAUGAAUUUCAUUGUGAACUGUAGCUGGGACUUUGACGCUGAUACCUUUGAAGGGCUGUCGGAGGAGGCCAAAGACUUUGUUUCCCGUCUGCUUGUCAAAGAGAAGAGCUGCAGAAUGAGUGCCACACAGUGCCUGAAACAUGAGUGGCUGAAUAAUUUGCCUGCCAAAGCUUCAAAAUCCAAAGUUCGUCUCAAAUCCCAGUUAUUACUGCAAAAAUACAUGGCUCAGAGAAAAUGGAAGAAACAUUUCUACGUGGUGACAGCUGCCAACAGGCUAAGGAAAUUUCCAACUAGUCCCUAAUUCUCAACACUGCUGCUCCCAUGGGCCCAGAAAUUAUUGAGACUGGUGAUGAAGUGAUGAUUCAAGAUUUUUAAUAAUUCAGUCUUGUACUAAUAUUGAUUCCUCUUAUUUCGUAAAGAAAGGUUAUGGCUGUUGCCUUCCUUUUGGAUGAAAAGUGGCUGUAAGGAAAGUGACCUACAAACUUUUUUUCUGCCUUAUAAGAUCAUAUAUGAUGAAAUGCUGUGUUUACUUUUCAAGUAUAACUACUUUGGGUGAUAAGCGUAGGCAUGCUUUAGGUAGGUAGGAAAGCUUCUACUUUGUAUGCAUCAAAUUUAAAGUCUAAACUUACUCUGAUUAAAGAACUAAAUAGGCUAUUACACGGGGCAUGUUAUUCAGUGCUAUUCCCUCCAGUACAAAGAAUUCUUAGAAUUUUGAUUUGCUCGAGAGUGAGCUGACAUUUUACUAUACUACCCUGCUCUUGUGGAAAGCAAUGUGGAUUUAGGCCAAUGAUCCUCAAACUUGUUUUAACUUGUGUUCUCUUUUGAGAAUCAAACCAUGCAUCCUUUAAUAUUCUUUGAAACUUCAAAAUAUACCACCUAUCCUGGCUAAAUCAGAACUAUGAUUAUUUUGAAUGUGCUUUUUAAAUCUAUACACACCUCCACCCUCUUCUAAUUGGCCCUGUCAGGGCAUUGGUAGUCUCACUCCUGAACUCCCUUCUUCAGUUACAAGCUUAGGGUCUAGUAAAUCUGGAACUGACAGGCAAUAUGGAAAAGAGGGUAAGAGUGUAAUGAUGUUCAGCUUUCUGAGAGAAACACAAAUGGUAUAUCAUGAGACAACAAACUGCUCUGUUACAGCUUUAGUAAGGAUAUACCACUUUCAGGGGUGCCUGGGUGGCUCAGUGGGUUUUAAGCCUCUGCCUUCAGCCUCUGCCUUCAGCUCAGGUCAUGAUCUCAGGGUCCUGGGAUCAAGCCCCCCCAUUGCAUGGGGCUCUCUGCUCAGCAGGAGCCUGCUCCACCCCAUGCCCCAGCCUACUUGUGAUCUCUGUCAAAUAAAUAAAUAAAAUCCUUAAAAAAAAAAAAAAGGAUAUCCCACUUUCAGUGUUGUCAUUUAACUUAUAAAAUUAGUAACAAGAAGCACUUUAUUAUUUGAAAGUAACAAAUGCUUUUAAUUUUCUUGCUUCUAACCUGAUUUUUGUGCUAUCCUCAUGAACUUCUCAGGUCAGCAGUUUUAAUUACCGUUAGCUUAGUUUUUGUUGUUGUUGUUUUUACUUUUAGUUUUUAAUUAGCCAUGCAACAGUUUCACAGCCUUUCAGGAUUUUUGUUCAAAUAAAGACCCUGCUUUUUUUGGCAGAGGGCGUGGGUGUGGGGAGAGAGGCAGAAGGAGGUGAGGGGAGUCCUACUGCUGCAGUUCUCAAGUUGUAACUUUUCUCCAGAAGGCUAACUCUUGUCGAGAACUAAGAUUUUUCAGUACCAGCAUAUGCAGGCCUGCUCCAAGCUGGCCAGCUAGUGGAUGAACAUCAGAACAGAGAGCUGCUGAAAAUCUCCCUUUCAUGGGAGAGUACCCUGAUUUAAGAUAAUGCCUUAUUUUAAAACAAGCUACUUCUCUGAAAAGGUUUUAGGAAGGCAACCUCCAGAAGGAGCCAGAGUUACCUUAUAAUUCUGUCAGGUACUGUGAUUCUUACAUCCCUUGGGAUUUCUAUGCUAUGAAUCUUCUCCCCAGAAAAACAUAGUUAGCUACCUUGCUUGAUCUAAGAGCACCACUGACAGAAAUAUUAUACGAACCAUAUACAUCACUUUAAAAAUUUCUAAUA